AUGGCUCGGAUGGAAGAAGGUGUAACGAAGGCCGCUGCCAAAUAUACUGAAGGCUACGAGGCUCUCGUUCACCUCAAAGGCAAGCGUUACGCUCCCGAGUUUCAAAAAUUGGACAAGGCCCAUUUGAACACUCACGGAUCGCGACCUACGAGAGAGGAGACUGCUGCAAAAAAGAAGAAAACCAAGACGGCGCCAAUUUCCUGGAUUUGGGCAGCAGGCGGGCAGGCCGACGGGGUUGAACUUCAUGACUCUAUGCGUGUCGAGUGGGCAAAAGCACGUGCACGGAAGGAACGCUGGAACGAGGAGGUUGAAUUGUUGCGAGAGGAGAUGAAGCGGGUCAUGCGAUCAUUGAAGUAG